GCAGGAUUAUUGGAGUAAUGGUUGAAGUGAAUGUGUUUGGGUGUCCAGAGGCCAUGGACAAACCAGUGUGCUUGAUUGACACGGCGUCCGAUGGGAAGCUGUGUGUCCAGCACUCAGCGUUGCAGGUUCUGGAGCAGAUCCAGCAGCCCGUGGUGGUGGUGGCCGUGGUGGGUCUCUACCGAACUGGGAAGUCCUACCUGAUGAAUCGACUGGCAGGGAAGCAAACAGGGUUUGCACUGGGCAGCACAAUCGAGUCCAAGACGAAGGGCAUCUGGAUGUGGUGCGUGCCUCACCCCAAUAAAGCAGGAACCACUCUGGUGCUGCUGGACACCGAGGGACUCGGAGACGUGGACAAGGGCGACUCAGUGCAUGACACCAGGAUCUUCUCUUUGGCUGUCCUUCUGAGCAGCACUCUAGUCCUGAACAGCCGAGGAACUAUUGACAACAGGGCUAUAGAGGAACUGCAAUACGUCACUGAGCUAACGGAGUACAUCAAGAUCAAGUCACCUGAAGAAGUUGUAGAUGACGGAGAGUUUGUCAAGUUCUUCCCCAGUUUUAUCUGGGCUGUGAGGGACUUCACUCUGCAGCUUAAAAUCAAUGAGAAAGAUGCAACAGAGGAUGAAUACCUAGAGUUUGCUCUGAAGCUAAAACUAGGUACCUCGAUGCAAGUGAACAAUUACAACCUUCCAAGAGAGUGCAUUCGUAAAUACUUCCCAUCUCGGAAAUGUUUCACCUUCCCAUUCCCAACCAAUCCAGACAAUGUCUCUUAUCUGGAGACACUGGACCCAGAGGAGAUUUCAGAACGAUUCUUGGAGGUCACGAAUCGUUUCUGCCAGUUUAUCUUUGACCAGAGCCAAGUGAAAAAUCUGAAAGAUGGACACACGGUCACCGGCAGAGUUCUGGGUCAUCUUGUAAAAACCUACGUAGACACCAUCGCCAGUGGAGCUGUGCCAUGUCUGGAGAAUGCUGUGAUCGCAAUGGCACUGAUUGAGAAUGAGGCUGCUUUUCAGGAGGGGCUUGAGGUGUACCAGAGUGGAAUGGAGAAGCUGAAGAAGUCCUUCCCUCUGGAACUGAAUGAAAUCACCUGUGAACACCAAUGCUUCAGUCUCAUGGCAACACAGACCUUCAUGAAACGCUCCUUCAGGGACAGUGAUGGGAAGUUCUUGACAUCUUUAGAGGAAGCCAUCAAUCAUCAGUUUGACAGGUAUCUCCAGGACAAUGAGAAGGCCUCUGAGGCUAAAUGUGAAUGUCUUCUAUCAGUUCUCUCUGAAGCAAUGACAGAGAGGAUCAAUCAAGGGUUUUAUGCCACAGCUGGUGGGUACAAUCUCUUCUGUCAGGACCUGGAGGACAUUGUGAAUCAGUACAAUACACUUGCCUAUCAAGAAGUCAAGAUUGCCGAGGUGUUGGAGAAAUUUCUACAGCAAAAGGUUGCAGUCACCACAGCCAUUCUGCAGGCUGAUGAUAAACUAACCGAAAACGAAAGAAGGAUUUGCGAGGAGAGAGAGCGGGCAGUCCUUCUGGAACAGGAGAUCAAGACCCAGGAAGAGAGGCAGCGUCAGCUGGAGGAGAAGAUGGUGACUGAAGAACAGAAUAAUGAGGAGAGGGUGAGACAGGUCAUACAGAAGAUGGAAGAGGAGAUGUCCUUCCAACAGCAGGAGACGCAGCGCGCCAUGGACAGUAAGCUGAGGGAACAGGCUGCCCUGAUGGAGAAGGGCUUUCAAGAGAAAGCCGACAAAAUGGCCAGCGAGAUCGAGCAGUUGAGAAGGAAUAAUAACGAGGUAGAGGACAGGAAGUCCAGGGAGUUUGCACAGAAGAUAGCAGAUCAGGAGCGAAGAAACGCACAGAACUUGGAAGUGAUGAGGCAACAGCACAGACAGCAGAUGGAGGCGAUCAACAGCAGACCGAGACCUUCAUCUCCAGGCUGUUCUAUACAGUGAAAUCUGCUUUUACACAAUAAUCUCCCUGAAUGCAAUAUCCUUUUUGACUUUAUAGUUACAAAGCUUUUUAUUUGAUGUCAUAGCUGUUUCAACUUCUGCAUGGUAAUGUGUGAGCGCUGAUCAUCCGUUUUUCUGAAUGUAAUGCUGACAUGGUAACCAACCUUAUUCAAGGAGAACAGUGUUAGCUAUAUGGACUAUGAAUAUGUAUGUAUAGAGAUUAACAUUGUAAAAUAAACUGCUGGACAUGCACCAAGCAACACAGAGCUAAAAUGUGUUUUGAAAAGAACCAGAAUAGCAUUGUUUUACUGAAUGGCCUUUAAAUGGCAGGAGGCGUCAUGCAGAUCACACAACAGGCAAAGUAACUCAUUUCAUCAACAUAGCCUAACUUUUACAGAAAAUACUCACAUGUAACCCCCCUUUGCAAUCAUUUUCACAAUAAGGUGGGAAUGAUUCCUAAGGCACCUAGUGAACAUCACAUAAUGAUUAAUAGAUCAUUAAUUAACAUAAAAUACUUACAAAUGCUAAUAAACUUUCAAUUGCGAUCAAGUGCAUAUGAUCAUGCACAUUAUAUACAAAUGAUUUUUAAAUGAUCUUAUACACUGACUGACAGCUUAUUUAUUAGUGUGCAUUUGAAUGCUUGCAAAUGUGAUUAAACUGGUUGCUUAAACUGAUUAAAAUAUAAUCAAACACACUUUUUUCAUUUACAAAUAUUGUAUAAAGGUCAGUACAUUUAAGCACUUUUAGACACUUUAAUCCAUGUUGACAUGAUUAAUUAACUCAUAACCACAGUCUGUUGACACAUUUGCAUGCACACUUCUGCUACUUAAACAUAUUUGCACAUAGUUUAAUUAUUUGCUCAGCUUUUUGCUGUUUCAACAUUUAAACCGUUCAUUAUUUUGAAAUGUUGAUGAACAUUUACUAUGAAUCAUUUAGUAUCAAGUAUUCUUUAUAGUGCUCAAUUUUUAUGCUUUUAAGCUCUAUUCCUUUUUGAAUACUGUAAAGUAACUGUUCAAACAUUACAUGAUUUUAAUAAAUGAACAAGUAUUUUCUUUCUCUCUUGGAAAUUGUUCUUUGUUGAUGUGUGAUGAAAGGAAUAUUUUCUGUUUAAGGAUAUUGU